AUGAACCACCCUGCCGACGUUACAUCGUCGGCGCAAACCGACGGUAGACAGGCGACACCCAAAAACCCGCGCCACCCGGUCCAACCGCGCCACCCGGGCCACCCGGUCCACCCGUGCCACCCACGCCACCCGCACCGCCCACGCCACCCGGGCCAACCGCGCCACCCACGCCACCCGCGCCACCCGGACCAACCGCGCCACCCGGGCCACCGGUUCCAAACACGCCACCCGCGCCACCCGGGCCAACCACGCCACCCGCGCCACCCGGUCCAAACACGCCACCCGCGCCACCCGCACCACCCGGUCUACCCGCGCCACCCGCGCCACCCACGCCACCCUCGCCACCCGGACCAACCGCGCCACCCGGGCCACCCGGUCCACCCACGCCACCCGCGCCACCCACGCCACCCGCGCCACCCACGCCACCCGGUCAACCCGGUAAACCCGCGCCACCCGGGCCACCCGGUAAACCCGCGCCACCCGGGCCACCCGGUCAACCCGCGCCACCCACGCCACCCGGUCAACCCGCGCCACCCGCGCCACCCGCGCCACCCACGCCACCCGGUCAACCCGCGCCACCCGCGCCACCCGGGCCACCCGGUCAACCCGCGCCACCCGGGCCACCCGGUCAACCCGCGCCACCCGGGCCACCCGGUCAACCCGCGCCACCCACGCCACCCGGUCAACCCGCGCCACCCGCGCCACCCGGGCCAACCGCGCCACUGGGGCCACCCGGUCCAAACACGCCACCCACGACACCCGCGCCACCCACGCCACCCGGUCAACUCGCGCCACCCACGCCACCCGGGCCACCCGGUCAACCCAGGCCACCCACGCCACCUAGUCAACCCGCGCCACCCGCGACACCCGGGCCACCCGGUCAACCCGCGCCACCCGGGCCACCCGGUCAACCCGCGCCACCCGCGCCACCCGGGCCACCCGGUCAACCCGCGCCACCCGGGCCACCCGGUCAACCCACGCUACCCGGGCCACCCGGUCAACCCGCGCCACCCACGCCACCCGGUCAACCCGCGCCACCCGGGCCACCCGGUCAACCCGCGCCACCCGGGCCACCCGGUCAACCCACGCUACCCGGGCCACCCGGUCAACCCGCGCCACCCACGCCACCCGGUCAACCCGCGCCACCCGCGCCACCCGGGCCAACCGCGCCACUGGGGCCACCCGGUCCAAACACGCCACCCACGAAACCCGCGCCACCCACGCCACCCGGUCAACUCGCGCCACCCACGCCACCCGGGCCACCCGGUCAACCCAGGCCACCCACGCCACCUGGUCAACCCGCGCCACCCGCGACACCCGGGCCACCCGGUCAACCCGCGCCACCCGGGCCACCCGGUCAACCCGCGCCACCCGCGCCACCCGGGCCACCCGGUCAACCCGCGCCACCCGGGCCACCCGGGCCACCUGAGCCACCCGGUCAACCCGCGCCACCCGGGCCACCCGGGCCACCCACGCCACCUGGUCAACCCGCGCCACCCACGCCACCCGGGCCACCCGGUCAACCCGCGCCACCCACGCCACCCGGUCAACCCGCGCCACCCGCGCCACCCGUGA